AUGAUCAUGACAUUAACGAGUAUAAUCACAGGGAAGCUAGGCGAUCGCUAUGGGUACAAGCCUUUCCUUGCUGUCGGCGGGCUACUAUGGACUGUUAGUAUGCUCUGCUCCGCCUUUUGCACGAAGAUAUGGCAAUUAUUCCUUGUUCAGGGUGUGCUACAAGGCAUAGCGUGCGCUCUGGUGUUCCCUUUGAUCGUUGCUGUGCCGUCGCAGUGGUUCUCUAAGUACCGAGGGCUAGCGACCGGUGUGGUCGUCGCUGGCUGUUCAUUCGGAGGCGCUGUAGCAUCUUUGAUCCUGUAUGCAAUGCUGCAGCCGCUCGGCAUGCGGAAGACCUUCGCUAUUUACAGUGUUAUUGACGCUGUGUUCCUCACUAUGGCAUUCUUCAUGAUCAAGGAGCGCCGACGUCCGCAGGCGCAGCGUCAGCAUAUCGUCUGGUUCGACCGCACGUUCUUCACGGAUCCUGUCUUCUGGAGUCUUGGACUCUGUUUCCUCUUCACGACUUUCGGCUAUCUCACACCCAUAUUCUACCUGCCCAUGUACACGACCCAAAUGAUACCAAGUGCCGACGUCCUUCUCUCUUCUCUCCCCGUCACCGUUCUCAACCUCUCUGCGGCAUGUGGACGCACCCUCAUCGGCUUCGUCGCAGAUCGUGUGGGCCCGGUGAACGCGCUGUUUGUUGCGGUGCUCUUGUCGGGGCUCACACAGCUCCUCAUCUGGAAUUUUGUCACCACUUACGCCGGUAUAAUGAGUUUUGCUGUUCUUUAUGGUUUCUUCUGCGGCUCUUUCAUCUCGCUGUCGCCCGCGGUUGGUGCGCAGCUGUACGGAUCUGGCCGUCUCGCGGGCCUGUCCGGACUUCUCAUCUUCUUCAACCUCCCAGGAAAUGCUGCCGGUGCACCAACCGGCGGUGCUAUUUUGAAUGCGACUGGCGGGAGCUGGAGAGCGGUGGCCUGCUGGUCUGGGGCGAUGCAAAUUGUAGGCGCCAUUAUCCUGUGCUACGCGCGAUUCAAAAGACAACCGAAGCUUUUUUCAGUGUACUGA